CAGUCCUCCUUCCUCUGGCUCUCUCGCGGCCCCUUGCGGGAAGGUCUCCUAGAGGCCGUGGGGUCGUUUCUGGCGGCCAAGUGGGCCUAACUUCUAGAGUCCCGAGGGUCGUCGCUGCCGGGGAGAUCUCCGCCCCAUUUCCGUGCCGCCUUGUCCUUAGGGCCCAGAGCCCCGUGCGCUAAGGGCCCUGUCCCAUCUCUGCCCUACACGCGGGAGUCAGCCUAAGGCUGAGCCCAGGACAGCAGCCGCGCCUGACGCUGCUCGCCUGCCUAGCACAGGCAGGAGGUGAGCGGAGUCGGCUGCCUUCCCGCCCCAGGGCCCUCCAAGGGAGUGGGCUCCACAUCCGUGGGCCCGAGGAAUCUGCGGAGAGACGGGAAGAGCAGGGGACACUCACAGGGUGGGGGGCCAGGCGGGAGUCCAGUAGUCCUCGUGGAGACAGCUGGGAAAGGCCUCGGGGCAAGGGACCUCGGACUUCCUCCUCUGCCUCAAAACAGACAGUCUAAGCUGGGUGCGGUGGCUUGCGCCUGUAAUCCCAGCACUUUGGGAGGACGACGCGGGUGGACCACCAAGUCAAGAGAUCGAGAACCAUCCUGGCCAACAUGGUGAAACCCCGUCUCUACUAAAAAUUAGCCGGGCGUGGUGGCACGCGCCUGUAGCCCCUGCUGCUUGGGAGGCUGAAGCAGGAGAAUCUCUUGAACCUGGGAGGCGGAAGUUGCAGUGAGCCGAGAUUGCGCCUCUGCACUCCAGCCUGACAACAACAGAGCAAGACUCCAUCUCAAAAAAAAAAAGAUGACCACGCACAGGCAGCAAGGGGCAGGGGGUGGUCCACGCUCAGCCUUCAGUACACAUUUGUGGAAUUAAUCCCUCCCAGGACAGGUUGUGAAGAAAGCUCGUUAACCUCAAGAUUCAGAAGCACCAUUCACAGCACAAGCUUUGGAGUCAAAUCCAGGCUGUUAACUUGCUGCGUGCGCCUCCGAUUUACCUCUUUCUGCCUGUUUGCUCAUCCGUAAAGUGGGAACCGUGGCUGAGUCUACUUUGAAUCUGAUUAUGCUGCAUGUACUCAGAAGACAGGGCUAAGUUGAGUGACUGCUCAGUUUACAAGAGCUGUUACUGUAGUUGGGAAGCGCCCUGAGACACACAUGCACUGCAAAGGAUACAAAGGACCUGGUGCAGAGGAAGGGAGGUCUGUGGCCCAGAGUGGCACCUGAAGAUGAGCAUUUCGCAACUGGGACUCCUCCCUGCCACCUGGCCUCCUCUACUCAAUGAGCUUUUCCCUGUUGCUCUAUGAAGAAAAUAGAUGUGUCCAUGAAGGUAUUAAUUUCCCUGAGGAAAGGACACUGGUGAAGGAGCAGUGAGGAACCUGCAGAGUCACACAGUUGCCCUGCCCCUCGAACUGUGACAUGGAGAGAGUGACCCUGGCCCUUCUCCUACUGGCAGGCCUGACUGCCUUGGAAGCCAACGACCCAUUUGCCAAUAAAGACGAUCCCUUCUACUAUGACUGGAAAAACCUGCAGCUGAGCGGACUGAUCUGCGGAGGGCUCCUGGCCAUUGCUGGGAUUGCGACAGUUCUGAGUGGCAAAUGCAAAUGCAAGAGCAGCCAGAAGCAGCACAGUCAUGUACCUGAGAAAGCCAUCCCACUCAUCACUCCAGGCUCUGCCACUACUUGCUGAGCACAGGACCGGCCUCCAGGGAUGGCCUGAAGCCUAACACUGGCCCCCAGCACCUCCUCCCCUGGGAGGCCUUAUCCUCAAGGAAGGACUUCUCUCCAAGGGCAGGCUGUUAGGCCCCUUUCCGAUCAGGAGUCUUCUUUAUGAAUUAAACUCGCCCCACCACCC